CUCGGCGUAUAUAUAUAUAAACAGAACACAGCACAUUCUCAAUGCAACAAUGUAGUUCCCUAGAAGUUGCUACAUAACUUGUGCGCAGUGGUAUCAGUAGUAGAUAUGUAGUCCCGGUAGCGUGGCGCUGCUAUGGUAACAGAGAACAGCCGAGUAAACUACCAAUGCAGUGAACAUGGCACUGGACGACCCGCGCAUAGAGUGGAUCCGGGAUCGAGUGUACGGCGCGUUCAGCCUCUCGGACCCUGAAUGCUUUGAAGAACUGCUCGGUAGGAACGAUGGAGAGCAAGAAGCCAAACUGCUGCGGUUCCUCAAUGAAACGUCAACAGAAGAAGGGUCUUCAGCGAUGCUGUUCUUCAAGACUCUCAAGGAGGACGAAGUGGAGGUGGAGAUUGCUCUAGAACCAGAAGAACUUCUAAAGCAUAGCCAAGUACCCUCUGAUGGAGAUAUAAAUGAUACAACCAUAAGCCAGGAAGCAAAGGAGCAAAAAGAAUCUGUGGAUUCAGCCUCUCUUGUAUCAUCUGAUGCAAUUGUAGAAAGAGAACUGACUUCUGCUCCAGAUACUCAGGCAGCUGUGAGUGAAAUAGAUGAAAAAGCUAUUGCCAAGGAAGAAUCAUCCAUCCUCCCUGAGCCAGGAAUAGAAUCAUUUCAGGAAGAGUCUCCAGAAGAGUUUGCACCUGUGCCUAUGACAAAAAUCUUCAAAAAGAAAUUGUAUCGUACUGUUCUGUAUGUUUCAUGCAACUGCAUACCUGAAGAGUUUGUAGACUCCAGUGCUUUGUAUUUUCUCAGAAAUACCCAAGAAACUAUUCCAGAACCUAAUGACCUGCAAGAAGCCAAUGAUGUUCUACCAAUGUUCUUGGAGUAUGGUAUGCUGAAUGGAAAUUCUUUGCUUAUGCUUAAGCAGAUCUUUUCACAGGUUUUCAUGCCUCUUCUUUCUUACAAUCAUCAUAAAAAUGAGAGUGGCUCCUUAGAGUUGGAACAAGCACAGCAGUCAGUAACAAAUACAGAAAAGCAUUGUCCAGAAGCUAGCAAGAAUGCUGAAGCAGGUCAUGAGUUUCGAAGUAUCCAGAUGAUUAGAGAUGAGUUCCUCAUGAAUAUGCAAAAGUUCCUGAACCAUGUUCAGCAAACAAUACAGCAACUGGAGGGAGAAAUUCGAUUAGAAAUGCCGGAUUUAAAUCUAGACAUUGAAUCAAGCCAGCUGGCCUUGGAUCUAGUGAUAGUUGAAAAACUUGAGCAGUAUGUGAUGAAUUGGCAAACACAAAUAUCUGCAGCUCUUGAGGAACAGCUUCAAAGAAAACCUCAGGGUAAUGGUCCGCUUGCAGAAAUCGAUUUCUGGCGGGAAAGAAAUGCCACCUUGAGUGCACUGAGCGAGCAGCUGAAACUUCCUCUUGUGAAGAAAAUAUUGAAUAUCUUGUCUAUUGCUGAUCCUGGUGUUGUUCAGAACCUUGAGUUAACAGUCAACGAACUAGCGAAGUAUCAUGUUGAAGCUGCCGAUAAUGUUCGAUUUCUCUCCACGCUGGAGCGCCAUUUUAAGAACUUAGCUCAUGGAACAGGAUUCAGUGUUAUUUUGGAUACAAUUCCAUCAAUGAUGAAUGCAUUAAGAAUGGUAUGGAUUAUCUCCCGACAUUACAAUAAAGAUGAACGAAUGGUACCAUUAAUGGAAAGAAUUGCCUGGGAAAUAGCAGAAAGGGUUUGCAGAGUUUUGAACAUACGGUCCUUGUUCAGAGAGAAUAAGGAAGCUGCCAAAAACAAGACAUUAGAUGCCAAACACACACUAGAAUUAUGGAAAAACUCUUACUUUGAAGUUCGUGCCAAAAUUGAAGCUUCAGGCAGAGACCAAAGAUGGGAAUUCGACAGAAAACGGUUGUUUGAAAAAACUGACUAUUUGUCUGCUAUAUGCCAGGAUUUUUACAAUGUUUUGCAGGUUCUUGAAGAGUUUUGCAACAUUUUUGGCGCUGAACUGAAAGCUGUCACUGGAGAUCCCAAGCGCAUUGAUGAUGUUUUGCGAAGAGUAGAUGGGCUUGUUAGGCCUAUGGAAAAUUUGAGCUUCGAUCCUUUCAACAUAAAAAAUUCACAGCAAUGGAAAAUGAUUAUGGAAGACUUUAAACAUGAAGUACAUGCAAUUGAAGGAGAAGCCAUAAACUUUAUUGAUGAAUCAUUUAAAACUCUUCGAUCAGCUGAAGCUGCAUUUGACAUGCUGUUAAAAUUUAAGCAUAUUCGUUCCAGAGAAGCCAUCAACAAGCAGAUGAUGAUGAAAUUUAAUGAUAUUUUGGAACAGUAUGCUAAAGAGGUUGAUAUAGUCAACAGCCUAUUUAUGAAGCAACUUGAUAACCCCCCACUCUACAAGAACCACCCUCCUGUGGCUGGGUCAAUAUAUUGGGAAAGAUCCCUUUUCUACCGCAUCAAGCACACUAUAGUCAGAUUUCUAGAAAUGGAGGAGAUGCUGUCUAGUGAAAGAGGGAAAGCAGCAAAAGCAAAGUAUUUAGAAGUAGCUAGAAGAAUGAAGGAAUAUGAAGAUAAAAAAUAUGAAAUGUGGAAAGAAAACACAGACCAGAAUUUGCCUUUAUUGUUAAAAAGAAGUCUGCUUGUUAAAAUGUAUUCUUCCGGUCUUGUUAUUUCGGGACAAACACCUUUAUUGGAAAUGAAUGCAGACCAGAACGAGGCUAAUAAUGAAGAUAAAAAUUUUCAUUAUUCUGUAAACUUUGCCCCAGAAUUGUGGGAAAUUAUCACAGAAACAAAACACAUGGAACAGAUGGGAUUUUCUGUGGGAGAACUGCCAAGAAAUGUUGCUUUACAGGAAGACAAGUUUUUAAGGUACACAGAUGGCAUGAAACAAAUGAUAGCUGCUUAUGAGAAACUCAUGGGCUGUCUGAGUGAAGCAGAAAGCCAACUCCUGGAUGAACACAUCCGUGACAUUUGGAAAGUGUUUCGAUCUGGAUAUAGAAGACUUAACUGGAACUCAUUAGGCAUUGGUGACUACAUCACUCGUUGCAACCAAGCAAUUUCGAAAUUUGAAUCACUGGUGAACAAAAUUCAGAAGAACGCAAAAGACAUUGAUGUAAAAUUGUCAGCAAUUGAGUCAGCCAACCUCUUUAAAUUUACUGCUAAAACACCAGGAACUGAUCUUCCAGGAGUGAAAGAAUUCUUUGAGUACAUUGAUAUUGAGCGAGCAAAGGAUGUGGACAUUUUGGAACGAAAGUAUUCUACCAUUGGACAGCUGCUAACAAAAAUGGAAGGAUUAGUGGUAAACACAAAUACAGGAAAGCACCCUAAAAUGGCUCCAUAUUAUGCACAUUGGGAAAGAAAGAUUUACAACAGCCUGACAAAGAUGGUUCUGAGAAACUUCCAGGCUUUUAAUACUACAAUUCUUGGGGAUGUGCCACUCUUUCAAGUUGAAACGAUUUUGUCUGCCCCAGAAAUAAUUCUUCAGCCAAAUGGCAAUGAAAUCUACAAACUAACUGCACAAUGUUACAAGGGAUGUAUGGAAACCACAAAGAGGUUUGUUCGCUGGAUGAACGGGACCUGCAUCCAGUGCCCUCCCCAAAAAACAGAAGAUGAUGAGGUGGUCAUCAUCAGUUUUUACAAUGACAUAUAUCUGAAUCAUCAGAUUACAGAACAAGCUCGAAUCAUCAACCAAAAUAUGCACCGCAUUCUCACCUCUCUCACAAAAUACCUGAAUCGGUGGAAAAGAUACCGACCUUUGUGGAAGCUGGAUAAAGCAAUUGUCAUGGAGAAGUUUGCUGCCAGAAGGCCCUCCUGUGUUGCAUAUGAUGAGAAACUGCAAUUCUAUACUAAAAUAUCUCUAGAGGUGACACAGCAACCAUUAAUACAAGAUGUUCAAUGCAUCAGGCUGUACUUGGGACCUUUGGCUUACACUGUGCAAGAGAAUGCUAGAGCUUGGGUUAAUUCUCUGGGACAUCUUCUCAAUGAAUCCGCACGGGAAGAACUCUACAGCCUUAAAGAUGAACUUGAAAACUUGUCUGUACAGUUAAAGACUACUCCAGAAACACUUGAAGAUCUCAAGUUUGUGCUUGGAACCAUAGCAAAUAUAAAAGACAAAUCACUAACAGUUGAAAUGAGGUAUCGAGAUGUUCAGGAGAGAUAUAGAACACUGUCAAUGUAUAAUAUUGAGUUUGAAGAAGAGGAGAAAUAUUUGGCAGACAGGAUUCCACAGAUCUGGGAAGAACUAUUUCAGGAAUCAAAACUUGUGGAUCACAGCCUUGGAAAGGUCAAGAAGUCAUUUACACAGAUUACAAAAGAUCAGAUUGAAGACUAUAAGAAGGAAUUGUCCAAUUUUGCAGAUUUGUUCCGUACAGAAGGACCUGGGGCAGUUGGAAAUAACCUUGACAAAGGAUUGCAGGUCCUCAACACAUUUGAAAAAGAACUGUCAAAAUAUGAAAAGAACCGUCAGGAAUUAGCCAAUGCAGAAAAGCUGUUUGAUCUUCCCAUCACAAUGUACCCAGAACUCAUACAAAUCCAGAAGGAAAUGAAGGGAUUGCAGCAAAUAUAUGAAAUAUAUAAUGCACAAAAGCAAGCCAAAGAAGAAUGGUCACAGACUUUAUGGGCAAAUUUAAAUGUCCAGAUCCUGCAGGAUGGAAUUGACAGUUUCCUUAAAGCUUUCAGGAAGCUAUCUAAAGAUAUUCGUAGCUUGCCAGUGGCUUUUUAUUUAGAAUCCAAAAUGAAAGAGUUCAAAGAAUCCAUCCCUUUACUUCUUGAUCUCAAGAAUGAAGCUCUAAGAGACAGGCAUUGGAAGGAACUUAUGACCAAAACAGGGACAGACUUUGAAAUGAACCCAGAGACAUUUACCCUGGAGAAUAUGUUUGCCAUGGAACUUCACAAAUAUGCAGAUGUUAUCAGUGACAUUGUAGCAUCAGCUGUUAAAGAGCUGAGUAUUGAGAAGGGUGUCAAAGAAAUUUUAGACACAUGGGAAAAUAUGAAAUUUGCAGUGCAAAGAUAUAUUAAAGGCACUCAGGACCGUGGAACUAUAUUGGGAUCUGUUGAUGAAAUUCUUCAAAUUUUGGAUGACAACGCUAUGAACCUACAAAGCAUUUCAGGGAGUCGGUUUGUUGGCCCUUUUCUAAACACUGUGCAACAGUGGGAGAAAACUCUUUCUUUAAUUGGCGAAGUCAUUGAGGUAUGGAUGGUUGUGCAGCGGAAAUGGAUGUAUCUGGAAAGCAUAUUUAUUGGAGGGGAUAUCAGAUCACAGCUGCCAGACGAAGCCAAAAAAUUUGACAAUAUCGACAGGAUUUUUAAAAGGAUAAUGUCAGAAACUGUUAAAGACCCUGUGAUAAAGCGAUGCUGUCAAGCCUCUAACCGUCUCAGUGAUUUACAAAACUUAAGCGAAGGCUUAGAGAGGUGCCAGAAAAGCUUAAAUGAUUAUCUGGACUCUAAGAGAAAUGCUUUCCCACGAUUCUUUUUCAUAUCAGAUGAUGAGCUGCUCAGUAUAUUGGGUAGUAGUGACCCCACCUGCGUACAAGAGCACAUAAUUAAGAUGUAUGAUAAUAUUGCAUCACUAAAAUUUCAAGAGGGUGAUAAUGGAGAAAUUAAAGCAACGGCCAUGGUUUCAGCUGAAGGAGAAGUGAUGCCAUUCCGUCAAGUUAUAGCAGCAGAAGGGCGUGUUGAAGAUUGGAUGACAAGUGUUCUGCAGGAAAUGAGGAGAACCAACCGACUUAUUACAAAGGAGGCAAUUUUUAAAUAUUGUGAAGCCAAAAGCAGGGUAGACUGGAUGCUGUUGUACCAAGGAAUGGUUGUUUUGGCUAGUAAUCAAGUGUGGUGGACUUGGGAAGUUGAGGAUGUUUUCAGGAAGGUAAAGAAAGGCGAGAAACUAGCACUGAAAAAUUAUGCCAAGAAAAUGCACCAGCAGAUUGACGAGCUGGUUACCCGAAUCACGAAACCAUUAAGUAAGAAUGACAGGAAAAAGUACAAUACAGUUCUGAUCAUUGAUGUUCAUGCAAGAGACAUUGUGGACAUAUUUGUGAGAGACAGUAUAAUGGAUGCCAGGGAAUUUGAAUGGGAAAGUCAGCUGCGUUUUUACUGGGACAGAGAGCCUGAUGAACUGAAUGUUCGCCAAUGCACAGGAACUUUUGCCUAUGGAUAUGAGUAUAUGGGGCUCAAUGGGAGAUUGGUGAUAACCCCUCUGACUGAUCGGAUUUAUCUAACCCUAACACAGGCAUUGUCUAUGUAUUUGGGAGGAGCUCCUGCAGGUCCAGCAGGUACAGGGAAAACUGAGACAACCAAAGAUCUGGCCAAAGCCCUUGGAUUGCUGUGUGUGGUUACAAACUGCGGUGAAGGCAUGGAUUAUAAAGCUGUUGGGAAAAUCUUCUCAGGCCUUGCUCAGUGUGGUGCAUGGGGAUGCUUUGAUGAAUUCAAUCGAAUCGAUGCAUCUGUUCUUUCGGUGAUCUCUUCUCAAAUACAGACCAUUCGGAAUGCCUUAAUGCAUCACUUAAAGAGGUUUCAGUUUGAGGGGCAGGAGAUUGCAUUGGAUGCUAGAAUGGGAAUCUUUAUUACAAUGAAUCCUGGCUAUGCUGGACGCACUGAGCUGCCAGAAUCAGUUAAGGCUCUUUUUAGGCCAGUGGUUGUGAUUGUGCCAGACCUCCAGCAAAUCUGUGAAAUCAUGCUCUUCUCAGAAGGAUUUCUUCAGGCAAAGAACUUAGCAAAAAAGAUGACAGUAUUGUAUAAGCUGGCACGGGAGCAGCUGUCCAAGCAGCAUCACUAUGAUUUUGGUCUUCGAGCCUUAAAAUCUGUAUUGGUGAUGGCGGGGGAGCUGAAAAGGGGCUCACCAGAUCUGAAUGAGGAUGUUGUUUUGAUGAGAGCCCUAAGAGAUAUGAAUCUGCCUAAGUUUGUGUUCGAAGAUGUCCCACUAUUUCUUGGCUUGAUCUCUGACUUAUUUCCCGGACUGGAUUGUCCUCGAGUUCGCUAUCCUGAUUUUAAUGAUGCUGUUGAAGAAGCUCUUCAAGAGAAUAACUAUAUCAUUCUACCAUCACAGGUGGAUAAAGUUGUUCAAAUGUAUGAGACCAUGCUUACACGCCACACCACUAUGGUAGUUGGACCAACAGGAGGAGGAAAGUCUGUUGUAAUUAACACCUUAUGCUUGGCACAGACAAAGCUUGGCCUUGUUACCAAGUUGUACGCACUUAAUCCCAAAGCCAUGAGUGUGAUUGAGCUAUAUGGCAUUUUGGAUCCUGCAACCAGAGACUGGACAGAUGGAGUACUUUCGAAUAUCUUCAGGGAAAUCAACAAACCAACUGAGAAAAAAGAAAGACGAUAUAUUUUGUUUGAUGGAGAUGUCGAUGCUCUUUGGGUUGAAAAUAUGAAUUCUGUAAUGGAUGACAACAAGUUAUUGACCUUGGCAAAUGGAGAGCGCAUUAGACUUCAACCACACUGUGCAUUAUUGUUUGAGGUUGGAGACCUUCAGUAUGCAUCACCAGCCACUGUAUCCCGCUGUGGUAUGGUCUUUGUGGAUCCUAAAAAUCUAAAAUAUAGACCUUAUUGGCAGAAAUGGGUGAAUAAUAGACAGAGCAAGCAGGAACAAAAUGUAUUAAACAACCUGUUUGAGAAAUAUAUACCGCACUGCAUUGAGAUGAUUGUUGAAGGAAUUACUGAUGGCAAACAGGGAGAGAAGUUGAAGACAAUUGUUCCUCAGACAGAUCUUAAUAUGGUGACACAGUUGUCUACUAUGCUGGAUGCAUUAAUUGAAAAAGAAGUUGAUGACGCUGAUGUUCUGGAAUGCUACUUUAUAGAAGCCAUGUACUGGUCUUUGGGAGCCGCACUACUUGAAACCGGGAGACUUAAAUUUGACGAGUAUAUUAAACGCUUGGCUUCCAUGACAGCUGCUUACGAUGAAAAUAAUUUGGCUGGACCUGGCGAACUUCCAUACCAACAGCCUACCAUUUUUGACUUUCAUUUUGAUGGAGAGAAAAAGAAGUGGAUACCUUGGAGCAAACUGGUCCCCAAAUAUAUCCAUAAGCCUGAAGAGAAAUUUAUUGAUAUUUUGGUUCCCACUGUGGACACUACCCGCACUACAUGGCUUUUGGAGCAAAUGGUGAAAAUUAAAAGGCCGGUUGUUCUUGUUGGUGAAUCUGGCACUUCUAAAACAGCAACAACACUGAAUCUCCUGAGAAACCUAAACACUGAUGCCACGAUGCUUUUGAUCAUUAAUUUCUCGUCUCGUACUACAUCCAUGGAUAUCCAAAGAAAUCUAGAGGCAAAUGUAGAGAAACGUACCAAGGAUAAUUAUGGACCUCCAAUGGGAAAACGUUUAUUGGUUUUCAUGGAUGACAUGAACAUGCCAAAGGUGGAUGAAUAUGGCACCCAGCAACCCAUCGCUCUGUUGAAAUUGUUACUUGAGAAGGGUGGCAUGUAUGAUCGUGGCAAAGAACUGAACUGCAAGUAUCUUCGUGACCUUGGAUUCAUAGCUGCAAUGGGGAAAGCUGGUGGGGGCCGUAAUGAAGUGGACACAAGAUUUGUUUCUCUUUUCAGUGUAUUUAAUGUCCUCUUUCCUUCAGAAGAGUCACUGAGUCUGAUUUAUUCCUCCAUUUUAAAAGGACAUACGGCACUAUUUAACGAGGAGGUGCAGGCAAUCUGUGACAAGCUAACAUUCUGUACCCUAGAGCUUUAUAAAAUGAUUGUUCGUGAUUUACCACCUACUCCCUCAAAGUUCCAUUACAUAUUUAAUCUUCGUGACCUAUCACGUGUAUACAAUGGCCUGGUUCUUACUACUCCUGAAAGAUUUCAGACAAUGGCACAGAUGGUGCGAGUAUGGAGGAAUGAGAGCCUAAGAGUCUUCCACGACAGACUUGUCAAUGAAGAUGAUAAGCUUGUGGUACAAGGCCACAUAAAGCAUUUGAUUGAAGAACACUUCCAAGCUUCCCUGGAACACGCCACGAGAGACCCAAUUCUAUUUGGUGACUAUAGAACAGCAAUGCAUGAAGGAGAGCCUCGAGUAUAUGAAGACAUUCAGGACUAUGAAGCUGCUAAAGCUCUAUUUCAGGAAAUCCUUGAGGAGUACAAUGAAAGUAAAACCAAAAUGAACCUUGUUCUCUUUGAUGAUGCACUUGAGCAUGUAACACGUAUCCACCGUAUUAUCAGGAUGGACCGGGGGCACGCACUGCUGGUUGGCGUUGGGGGUUCAGGAAAGCAGUCUCUUGCUAGACUGGCUGCAUUUGCUGCAGGAUAUGAGGUUUUUGAAAUUGUUCUUAGUCGAGGCUAUGGGGAGAACAGUUUCCGUGAAGAUCUGAGGAAUCUUUACAUAAAACUCGGAUUGGAAAAUAAAAAGAUGAUUUUCCUGUUCACAGAUGCUCAUGUGGCUGAAGAAGGAUUUCUGGAACUUAUCAACAAUAUGCUAACCUCAGGAAUGGUGCCAGCUCUUUUCCCAGAUGAUGAAAAGGAAUCCGUUCUUAGCCAGAUUAGGGAUGAGGCUACUAAACAUGGUGUGGGUCCUGCCAAAGAAAGCAUUUGGCAGUUCUUUGUAAACAAAAGUGCAAACAAUCUUCACAUUGUGCUUGGAAUGUCCCCAGUUGGUGAUACUUUGAGGACAAGAUGCAGAAAUUUUCCUGGUUUGGUAAAUAAUACUGGAAUAGACUGGUUUCUGCCUUGGCCUCCCCAAGCUUUAUAUGCAGUUGCCAAAUCAUUUUUGGGAGACAAUCAACUGAUUCCAUCACAACAUUCAGAACCUGUGAUUGGCCAUGUUGUUAUGGUGCACGACUCUGUUGGCAAAUUCAGCAAAAAGUUUCAGCAGAAACUGAGGCGCAGCAAUUAUGUCACUCCGAAGAAUUACCUCGACUUUAUCAACACCUACUCAAGGCUAUUAGAAGAGAAGAACCAAUAUAACUUGGCACAGUGUAAGCGUCUGGAAGGGGGUCUGGACAAGCUGAAAGAAGCCACUGUUCAGUUGGCCGAAUUGAACCUAAAGUUGGCAGAGCAGAAAGUGGUCUUAGCUGAGAAAUCCUCAGCAUGUGAAGCUCUUUUGGACGAGAUCUCAACAAAUACAACUAUAGCUGAGGAAAAAAGGAAGCUUGCUGAGGAGAAAGCUGCUGAGAUAGAAGAACAAAAUAAAGUCAUUGCAGUAGAGAAGCAAGAUGCAGAGAGUGCCUUGGCAGAAGCUCUGCCCAUAUUAGAAGCAGCCAAACUUGAACUACAGAAGCUGGACAAGUCAGAUGUGACAGAGAUUAGGUCCUUUGCCAAACCCCCACGGGCAGUUCAAGUCGUUUGUGAGUGCAUCCUAGUAAUGAGAGGUUACAAGGAGAUAAGCUGGAAGAGUGCAAAGGGAAUGAUGUCUGAUCCCAGCUUCCUGAAAUCUCUCAUGGAAAUAGACUUUGACGCAAUAACCCAGCAUCAAGUAAAAGCUGUCAGAGGUUUCUUGAAGACUCUAAAUACAACAUUUGAAGAGAUGGAGGCAAUCAGUAAGGCAGGUUUAGGCAUGCUAAAGUUUGUGGAAGCUGUAAUGGGUUACUGUGAUGUGGCAAAGGAAAUCAAACCAAAAAGAGAAAAGGUGGCAAAACUUGAACGCAACUAUUACAUGAGCAAACGUGACUUGGAAAAGAUACAGGCUGAACUUUCCACGAUUCAAAACGAACUCAAAGCACUGGGAGAGAAGUAUGAGGCUGCAAUAACAGAAAAGCAGAAACUGCAAGAAGAAGCAGAAGUUAUGGAGAGGCGACUGAUUGCAGCUGAUAAGCUCAUCUCUGGUUUAGGAUCUGAGAAUAAAAGAUGGACAGAUGAUUUAGAGGAGUUAAAGGUCCGUCGUGUGAAGUUACUUGGAGAUUGUUUGCUUUGCUCUGCAUUCUUGAGCUAUGAAGGAGCCUUCAACUGGGACUUUCGCAAAGAGAUGGUGUAUACGGAUUGGCAGCAGGAUAUACUAGCUCGUGAGAUCCCUCUAAGCCAGCCCUUUAGGGUUGAAAGUCUCUUAACUGAUGAUGUUGAAAUUAGCAGGUGGGGUUCUGAAGGGCUGCCCCCCGAUGAACUCUCAAUACAGAAUGGGAUAUUGACUACUCGAGCAAGUCGCUUCCCUCUGUGUAUAGAUCCUCAACAACAAGCACUGAACUGGAUCAAAAGGAAAGAGGAGAAAAACAAUCUAAAGAUUUCUUCAUUUAAUGACCCAGAUUUCCUGAAACAACUAGAAAUGGCCAUCAAGUAUGGUUUCCCAUUUCUCUUUCAAGAUGUAGAUGAGUAUAUAGACCCUGUUAUUGACAACGUAUUGGAAAAGAAUAUUAAAGGUGCCCAAGGCCGUCAGUGUAUCAUUCUAGGGGACAAGGAGGUUGAUUAUGACCCUAAUUUUAAAUUGUAUCUAAAUACCAAGCUUUCAAACCCCAAGUAUUCACCGUCUGUGUUUGGGAAGGCAAUGGUCAUCAACUACACAGUUACACUAAAAGGUCUGGAGGAUCAGUUACUCAGUGUAAUUGUCGGCUUUGAAAGAAGAGAGCUGGAGGAGCAAAGGGAAAAUCUUAUCCAAGAAACCAGUGAAAAUAAAAAAUUGUUAAAGGAUUUGGAGGACUCAUUGUUGCGAGAACUGGCCACAUCUACAGGAAACAUGCUGGAUAAUGUUGAACUGGUUCAUACUCUUGAAGAAACAAAAUCCAAAGCUACUGAGGUGUCUGAAAAACUAAAACUAGCUGAAAAAACAGCAAUAGACAUUGAUAAGCUACGGGACGGUUACAGACCAGCCGCAAAGCGAGGUGCAAUCUUGUUCUUCAUCCUAUCAGAGAUGGCACUAGUAAAUUCAAUGUACCAGUAUUCCCUGUCAUCAUUCUUGGCUGUUUUUGACCACUCUCUACGCAAAUCUUUGCCUGAUGGUAUUCUGAUGAAAAGACUGAAAAACAUUAUGGAUACCCUAACUUACAAUGUAUACAACUAUGGGUGCACAGGUUUAUUUGAGAAACAUAAGUUGCUAUUCUCUUUCAAUAUGACUGUAAAGAUAGAACAGGCUGAUGGUAGGGUCCCACAGGAGGAAUUAGACUUUUUCUUGAAAGGAAACAUUUCACUGGAGAAAAGCAAGAGAAAGAAGCCUUGUUCGUGGCUGCCUGACCAAGGAUGGGAGGAUAUUAUUCGACUGUCAGAACUGUUCCCAUCCAUGUUUGGCUCUCUUCCUAGUGAUGUGGAGAGGUGUGAGGCAGAAUGGAAAGCUUGGUAUGACCUGGACACUCUGGAGCAAUCCCCUUACCCACUUGACUACAACGAUAAGCUUUCCGACUUCCAAAAAUUACUACUGCUGCGCUGUUUUAGAGUUGAUCGUGUUUACAGAGCUGUCAGUGACUAUGUCACAGUUACUAUGGGAGAGAAAUAUGUGCAACCACCAGUAAUAAGCUUUGAAGCUAUAUUUGAACAGAGUGUUCCUACAUCGCCCAUUGUAUUUAUUCUGAGCCCAGGUUCUGACCCGGCUAGUGACCUCACGAAGCUGGCAGAAAGGUCAGGGUUUGGAGGUAACCGUCUGAAAUUCCUUGCCAUGGGGCAGGGGCAAGAGAAGGUGGCUCUCCAGCUCUUAGAAACGGCAGUAUCUCGAGGGCAGUGGCUGAUGUUACAGAAUUGCCACCUUUUGGUUAAAUGGUUGAAAGAUUUGGAGAAAGCAUUGGAGAUGAUAAAGAAACCUCACCCAGACUUCCGUCUUUGGCUCACUACAGAUCCAACCAAAGAAUUCCCCAUUGGAAUACUGCAGAAAUCUCUCAAGGUUGUUACAGAGCCUCCAAAUGGACUGAAGCUGAACAUGAGGGCAACUUAUUUCAAGAUCUCACAUGAGGCGCUUGAUUCGUGUCAGCACUCUGCAUUCAAGUCUCUGGUUUACGUUCUUGCAUUUUUCCAUGCAGUUGUGCAGGAAAGAAGGAAAUUUGGAAAGAUUGGUUGGAACGUGCCUUAUGAUUUUAAUGAAUCUGAUUUCCAGGUUUGCAUGGAGAUAUUAAAUACCUACCUGACAAAAGCCUUCCAGCAACAUGAUACCAAGAUACCUUGGGGCAGCCUGAAGUAUCUAAUUGGAGAGGUCAUGUAUGGAGGAAGAGCCAUUGACAGCUUUGACCGCCGCAUUCUUACCACCUACAUGGACGAGUACCUGGGUGACUUCAUAUUUGACUCAUUCCAGCUCUUUCAUUUCUAUAACAAUGAAGAAGUUGAUUACAGAAUUCCAGAGGGGACUACAAAGGAUGCAUUUGUUGAGGAGAUAGAAUCACUCCCCCUUGCUAAUACACCUGAAGUAUUUGGCCUUCACUCCAAUGCUGAAAUUGGUUAUUACACACAAGCUGCACGAGAUAUGUGGACCCAUCUCCUGGAAUUGCAGCCACAAACAGGUGAAUCGAGCACCGGCAUCAGCCGAGAUGAGUACAUUGGCCAGGUGGCUAAGGACAUUGAAAACAAACUGCCUCAAGUGUUUGAUCUGGAUCAAAUCAGAAAGAAUUUCGGCUUAGAAAUAACACCCACCACAGUGGUGCUACUGCAAGAACUGGAACGGUUUAACAAACUCAUCAUUCGCAUGUCUAGGUCGCUAGUGGAACUGCAGCGGGCCUUGGCCGGUGAAGUUGGGAUGAGCAGCGAGUUAGAUGAAGUGGCUCGAGCGCUGUUUAAUGGGCAGAUCCCGAACAUAUGGAGACGUUUGGCUCCCGACACACUGAAAUCUCUGGGAAAUUGGAUGAUUCACUUCAGAAGACGGUUUAAUCAAUACACAUCGUGGGUGAAUGAGAGUGAACCAAAUGUCAUGUGGCUAUCAGGACUUCAUAUCCCUGAGUCCUACCUCACUGCUCUCGUCCAAGCCACGUGCAGAAAGAAUGGCUGGCCCCUGGAUCGUUCCACAUUGUACACUCAGGUUACCAGCUUUCGCACACCUGAAGAAGUUACUGAAAGGCCUGGACAAGGAUGCUUUAUUUCCGGUCUGUACCUGGAAGGAGCUGACUGGGAUAUAGAGAAUUCAUGUCUUAUAAAAAGCAAGCCUAAAGUACUUGUGGUGGAGUUGCCUGUUUUGAAGGUCAUCCCUAUUGAAGCCCAUCGGCUGAAACUACAAAAUACCUUCAGGACACCAGUCUACACUACAUCGAUGAGGCGCAAUGCAAUGGGAGUCGGUUUGGUGUUUGAAGCUGAUCUCUCUACAACAAAACACAAUUCGCAUUGGGUGCUGCAGGGUGUGUGCCUUACUCUCAACUCGGAUUAGAAAAGAAAGAUAUACAUGAAGAUUCAUAUUUUCUUAAUGCUGUAUAUUAAUAUAUUUUGCAUAGGCAAGCUGAAUGCUUAUAACAACAUUUAAAUAAAAUGUUUGAAA